AUGAAACACAUGUUAAGAUCACGAAGACAAAUUACACCUGUCCACAAAGCUAUAGCUGAUGAUGCUGCAAAAGCUGGAUUAUCUAUUAAGUCCAUUAUUAAUUUACUAACUUCACAAAGUGGAGGUCAUGAAUUUAAUGGAUUUUUGGAUAAUGAUUUUAGAAACUAUAUAUCUGCCAAGCGUAGAACAAAAAUGAUAAAAGGAGAUGGUCAUGCUAUUAUGAAGUAUUUUCAUAAAAUGCAGUUGCAAGAUCCCUCUUAUUUCUAUUUGGUGCAACUUGAUGAUGAUGAUAAUUUUAUAUUGAAUGUGUUCUGGCCAGAUGGUAGAUCAAUUAUUGAUUAUCAACAUUUUGGAGAUGUUGUGUGUUUUGAUACAACUUAUAAAACAAAUGCGUAUGGCAGGCCGUUUGCUCCAUUUGUUAGUGUUAAUCAACAUAAGAAAAGUAUCAUUUUUGGUGCAGCUUUACUCUAUGAUGAAACAAUAUCAUCAUUUAAAUGGUUAUUUGAGACUUUUCUCAGUGCAAUGUCUGGUAAGCAACCUCGGACGAUAUUGACAGAUCAAUGUCCAGCUAUGGCCAAAGCAAUUGAAGAGGUAUUUUUUGAAACUCAUCAUCGAUUAUGCAUGUGGCAUAUUUAUCAGAAUGCUGCUAAAAAUUUAAGCCAUAUUUUUCAUUCAUCAAAACAGUUUGCAAAUGAUUUCAGCUCAUGUGUUUAUGAAUAUGAAGACGAAGAUGAAUGGCUUCAAGUUUGGAAUAGUAUGCUUAAUAAAUAUAUGCUUACUGAUAAUAAAUGGUGCAGUGGAAUUUUUGAAGUAAGAAAAAAAUGGGCUAUGGUAUAUGGGCGACAUAUGUUUACAGCUGAUAUGAAGAGUACGCAGCGCAGUGAGUCGAUGAAUAAUGUUCUAAAGAAAUAUUUGGAUGCAAAGAAUAAUUUUAUCCAUUUUUUUGAUAAUUAUGACAGGUUGUUAUCAGAUAAACGGUAUGAUGAGUUGCCGAUAGAAUUCAGAAUGAGAGAAAGAGUUCCGGUUUUACAAGCUAAUGUGGAGAUGUUAAGACACACUUCAAAGGUAUACACUCCAGCGGUAUAUAAGAUGUUCCAAAGUGAAUAUAUGAAGGUUUUAGAUUGUGUUAUGCAUAAAGUUGACAAGUCUGAAUCUGUUACCAGUUAUAAAGUCCAAUGUGGUCGAAAAGAUCAAGAACACUUGGUAACUUUAGAAAUAUCAACAAAAACAGUUAAGUGCAGCUGCAUGAAAUUUACUUUUGUUGGAAUCUUAUGUGCGCAUACUUUGAAAGUUCUUGAUAAGAAAAAUAUUAAACAACUUCCACCACAAUACAUCUUGAAUAGGUGGACAAGAGAUGCAAAAAUUGGAACAAUCAAGGACAAUUAUAGUAUUGGAGUUGAAAAUAGUCCACAAGAGUCGAUAGGAAAAAGAUAUUCAUUUUUGAGUCAUAAUUUUCGAGAAAUAUUAACACUUGCAUCUGAAAGUGAGGAUAUGUACGAGCAUGCAUGUGAAGAUUUCAGAAAAUUGAUGAAGAGCUUACAAAAAAUGAAGUCAAGACAAAAGCGACAGUUGGACGUCCAAAUAAGAGAUUAA